AUGACCGGCACGGUCCCACAAAGUGUCCAACUCUCGCGACACGCCAGCACAAGCAGACACUUCCGGUCCAGCAUGGAGCCUGAGAACCCAAGACCCACCAAGAAACGUCAGUUGGCGGCACAAGAGCGGCAACGGGCUGUGCGCGCUUGUGACGAGUGUCGUCGCCUCAAAGAAAAAUGCGAGGGCGGCACGCCGUGUAAACGCUGCCGCCAUCUACGCCGGCCGUGUGAAUUCAACAAUCCGUCUACUGUGACGUGGCGGCGCGGGGCCGACUCUGCCGCCUUGUUGAAGGAGCUCAAGGACCGCGUCAAGUACAUGGAAGCCAUUCUGCGCCACCAUUUGCCUCGAAUCAACCUCGAUGUUGAGGCUCUGCGGCAGACAUGCGAGUCCCUCCCUUCUUGGCCCGACCUUGGCCAAAGUAGCGUGCCCGCCAUGCCCCUAGAGCCCGCCGUGGCACCGCCAGCUUCCGAGAGUCCGGGCAUUGAAGACGAAAACUGUACAGUCGAGUAUGUCGACGACACUACAGCUCACUACUCUGGUGAAUUCUCGCAUUGGAACUUUUCCAUGCACAUCAAACGCAACAUAGACGACCUCAUCUCCAAAUCCAACGUCAAGACCUUGGAAAGCAUUGAACGCAUACCAGACUUCUAUCGCGUUGCGGAGCCGGACCCGGCUUCGACUUCCAUCCGGGACCUUGUUGCUACCUUACCGCCCCGUCCAGUGUCGGCCUUCUUGGCAAACGUCUUCUUCACGCGUGCCACGAGCAUCUACUACUAUGUCGAUAGCAACUGGGUAAAGGAAACCUUGGAUCAUCUCCACCGAAAUUCGGCCCACCUGAGCUCAAAAGAUGUGCCUGCAGCUUGUGUGGUGCUCAUGGUACUUGCCGUAGGUACCCAAUAUGUCCACCUGGAAACUUCAAAGCAAAACAACAACAAAUGUGGGCGCAGAGGCCCAGCAAACCUAGAGACUCCUGUUAACUGGGAGCUCGACAUUGGUUGCACCUUCUACCGGCAGGCGGCAAAGUCCAUCUCGGAAGUCAUACACUCUGGCUCUCUGCUCAGCGUCCAGGUCUUUCUACUGCUUGCUCUUUACAACUUACCAAUAGAUGCAUCCGGAUUGGGCUUCGUCUACUCGAAUCUAGCCAUCAAGGUGGCCAUACAAAAUGGCAUGCACCGAAGGCUUUCGCGGGGUGUCUUCGAUACAAAGGCUAAGGAAAUGAGACGUCGCAUCUGGUGGACGGCGUAUUGCAUAGAAAGAAAGAUUGGCAUAUACCACGGUCGCCCAGCAUCUAUCCAACGUUCUGAUAUCGAUGCCGAUUUUCCCACGAGCUUUCACACGAGCGGAAUAGAUGAUGAUGACUUUGACGCAACCGGCCUCCUCGAAUCCAUUCAUUUGACUUGCCAGGCCGAAGCAUUUCUCUACCAAAUUUCUCAACUUCGGACAUGUCCAAGAUCCGAGGCUGGCACAAUCAUGGACCGCAUUACACAAAUGAAGACGAAAUUGCAGCGUCCAUGGGCUGCACGCCACCAAAACGUAGACCAUUUGGCAUCUCGUGCGGCACUGCAUGCUCGUUUAGAGUGUUGCCUGUUACAUAUAUUCAUUGGCCGGCCCUUUGUGCUAGCCCAUCGUCAAGUGCGGCCAGACAACCAGCACCGUGAUCCCAACGCCACGGAACAUGUGUCGCGAGCGCCAAAAGCGACGGCGGCUAAUUCGCAGAUCAGGUGGAAUGUCUUGAUUGAUGAAUGCGUCUCGGCUGCAAAUGAAGCCAUUGAUAUCUGUAGUGGCAUGCAGACGGGCGGUAUGGGCCUUGCAAGGUCAUCCUAUACCGAAUACAGCGCCUGCCGGGCAUCGCUGUUGGUCUUGAUCGCUUACAGCAUUUGCCGACGCACCAACGACUUCUCAAACAACUUGCAAAAAGGCCUUGAUGCCAUAAGGGAAAUGGCUUCGGUGGGUGACUCUGCGCGUUCAGAAGUGUCUCUUCUCGAGACUCUGGAACAAGCACUACAUCGGCUCCAGGACUUCAAUGUAGAAUGUGAUGAUGGUGCGGAAGACGCAGUAGGAGAGUCAGUCCAAGCGAGCUAUCAAGGACUCCUGGACUGGUACACAAAAGCAGCCGGGUGUAUCAACCCUCGUGCCAGCACAUCGAUCCCAACGGCUAUGGACUCGCACGGCGCAAGGGCGCCAGUGCUUGCGCCCCACCCCCAGCCCGGGCCACACGGAAACGAGUUCCCAGCAGCCGGUGCUGCGGAUGGUCCUGGCAUUGAUGAAUAUCCCUUUGAUCUCGAUCUACUGAAUAUGGACGGUAAUAUUGCUUUCUUUACGUCGGAUUUCAACGACCAUGGCAUUGUCGAAAGCGAACUGUUCGAGAACUUGCUAUGUAUGCCAAGGUGAGGCUUGCGUCGAUUAC